AUGGCCACCGUUGGCUGCGCAAAGAUCAUAGACGGCAAUGCCAUCGCAAAGUCGAUCCGCGAGGAGGUCGCAGCGCGGAUCCGUUCCCUCCAGGCCCAGCACUCCCGCUUCCAGCCCCAGCUCGCCAUCAUACAGGCGGGUGCUCGUCCUGACUCGGCCGUCUAUGUGCGCAUGAAGGCCAAGGCAGCUGAGGAGGUCGGCAUAAAGUUCAAGCACGUUAGCAUUCCUGCCGAGUCCGACGUCGAUGAGGUUGUAGAGCUCGUCAAGAAGCUCAACGACGAUGUAUCGAUCAGUGGUAUUCUCGUGCAGUUGCCCCUCGGUGACCAUGUUGGCGCUGAUGGAGAGCGCACCGUGACCGAGGCGGUCAGCCCCGAAAAGGACGUCGACGGAUUCCAUGCGUACAACAUCGGACAUCUCUCUUCGCGGGCAUCGGAUCCUCUCUUCACGCCAUGCACUCCCACUGGUGUGAUUCGGUUAUUGGAAUCGACCGGAGUUUCUAUCUCGGGUGCUCAGGCGGUUGUCCUCGGACGCAGUGACAUCGUCGGCAGCCCUGUGGCAGCCAUGCUCAGGAAUCGCGAUGCUACGGUUACUCAGUGCCACAGCCGAACCAAGAACCUGCCAGAGAUUGUCAAAACUGCUGACAUUGUUGUGUCUGCCAUCGGCAAGCCUGAGUUUGUUCAGGGUUCUUGGCUCAAGCCCGGUGCAGUGGUCAUUGACGUUGGCACGAACUAUAUCCCGGACGCUACCAAGAAGUCUGGCCAGCGUCUCGUCGGUGAUGUCAAUUUUGCCUCUGCGUCUGCCGUUGCAUCGCACAUCACGCCUGUCCCCGGUGGUGUGGGUCCGAUGACAGUCGCAAUGCUUAUGGCAAACACCCUACGGUCCGCGGAGCGCCUCUGGGAACGUGCACGCGGAUUGAAGCUCAAGCCGCUCAAGCUCGAUGUCAAGGAGAAGGUGCCGAGCGAUAUCGAGAUUGCGAUGGCCCAGACACCGAAGCCAGUAACCCAGCUCGCACAUGAGAUUGGGCUGUUGCCGGACGAGCUCGAGAGCUAUGGAAAAUACAAGGCAAAAGUGGAGCUGAGCGUGCUCGACCGCCUCGCGCACCGCAAGGACGGCAAGUACAUCAUCAUCUCGGGUAUUACGCCGACACCGCUGGGUGAGGGCAAGUCGACGACGACGAUCGGUCUCGCGCAGGCGCUGGGCGCCCAUCUUGGACGUCCCGCGUUCGCUUGUGUGCGUCAACCAAGUCAGGGACCCACCUUCGGUAUCAAGGGUGGUGCUGCCGGUGGUGGCUACAGCCAGGUCAUUCCUAUGGAUGAGUUUAAUCUGCACUUGACGGGUGAUAUUCAUGCCGUCACGGCUGCCAACAACCUCUUGGCCGCUGCUCUGGAUGCUCGUAUGUUCCAUGAGGCCACCCAGUCCGAUAAGGCCUUGUACAGUCGUCUUGUGCCAGCCAAGAAGGGCAAGCGGGAGUUCGCUCCCCUGAUGUUCAAACGCUUAGCGAAGCUCGGCAUCGAUAAGACUGACCCCAACGACCUCACGCCCGAGGAGAUCAAACGCUUCGCGCGCAUUGACGUCGACCCCGCUACUAUCACCUGGAACCGCGUCCUCGACGUGAACGACCGGUUCCUGCGCAAGAUUACCGUGGGCCAGGCGCCAUCUGAGCAAGGACACGAGCGUGUCGCAGGCUUCGACAUCUCCGUCGCGAGUGAAUGCAUGGCCGUGCUCGCACUGACGACUGGUCUGGAAGAUAUGCGCGAGAGGCUGGGUGCAAUGGUUGUGGCCACCAGCAAGCAGGGUGACCCGAUCACUGCAGAUGACAUUGGUGUCGGUGGUGCCCUCGCUGUCCUCAUGAAGGAUGCUGUCAAGCCCAAUCUGAUGCAGACCCUGGAGGGUACUCCCGUCUUCGUUCAUGCAGGGCCUUUCGCAAACAUCGCGCACGGCAAUUCGUCCAUUCUCGCUGAUCGUGUCGCGCUAAAGCUUGCGGGAACGGAGGAGGGCGACUCCGCUGACCGUGUUGGUUACGUGCUGACCGAGGGUGGUUUCGGAGCGGACAUGGGAAUGGAGAAGUUCUGUAACAUCAAGUGCCGUGUCAGCGGUCUCAAGCCGGAUGCGACCAUCAUCGUGGCAACUACCCGCGCGUUGAAGAUGCAUGGAGGUGGACCCGAUGUGACGCCCGGCAAGCCGCUGGCCGAUACAUACACCAAGGAGGAUCUUGUCACUCUGAAGGAGGGCUGCAAAAACUUGGUGAAGCAUAUCGAGAACUCGCGCAAGUUUGGCCUCAAGGUCAUUGUGGCGAUCAACCAGUUCGCGUCUGACACGCCUGCUGAGCUUGAGCUCGUCCGGCAAGAGUCGUUGGCCGGCGGUGCCGAUGCUGCUGUCGUUAGCAACCACUGGGCUGAGGGUGGUCCCGGUGCUCGUGCCCUUGCUGAGGCAGUCAUCGCGACAUGCGAGGGAGAGUCUGGAUUCAAGUAUUUGUACGACCUCGACCUCCCCAUUGUCGACAAGAUCAGCAGCAUUUGCAAGGAGAUCUACGGUGCAGACGGCAUCGAGCUGAGCGAGUUGGCUCAAAAGCAGAUCGAAACCUACACUCGCCAGGGCUUCGGCAACCUCGCUAUCUGUAUGGCGAAGACCCAGUACUCGUUCUCUCACGACCCGAAGCUCAAGGGCGUGGCGACGGGCUUCACCGUCCCUAUCAGAGAAGUGCGCCUGUCUGCAGGUGCAGGGUUCCUUUACCCUCUGUGCGGUGACAUGCAAACUAUGCCUGGCCUUGGAACGCGCCCAGGUUUCUGGGAGGUCGGACUGGACCCUGCAACCGGCAGGGUUGUUGGUCUUUUCUAG